UUUUUUAUCGCAAUCUAUGGGUUGUUAACCUUGAUCUGUUUUGUUGCAUUUCUUUAUGUUGAAUUAAAUCGACCAAAAAAUCAUAAUAACAAUAAUGAUCCAAUGACAAAAAAUUCAUCAUCAACAACAACAGCAACAAAAAAUCUACAAUCGAUAUCGACAUUGUUUGCAACAACAUCCUCAUCAACAUCUACAUCAUCAUCAUUAUCAACAUCAUCACCAUUACCAUCUCGUUUUUCAUCAUUUGCCAAUCUGACCAACAAUAAUGCUGGUCAACAAUCAAACAACAAUGUAUCAGCUGCUGCUGUCAAUCAUCAAUCAUCGAUAAAUACAGGUAAAACAACAUUACUUCCAUCUUUUUAUUAUCCCAAUGUCAAACAUCAUGAUCAACAACAACAACAACAACAACAACAAAUGAAACAAAUGGGAAAUUCAUUGAAAAUCAAUGAUAGUGAUGAUUUAUUUGAUAAUUCAAAUAGAUCUUUUCAUCAUCAUCGACAACAACAACAACAACAACAAUAUAAUAAUGGUGAUUCAUCAAUGAUAUCGUUAAUAAAUUCGACUAAUAAUAAUGAUAACGGUGAUGGACAUGAUCCAACAUCUGUCCAUCUAAAUGGAAAUAGUGGUAGUACCGUUUUAUCAGCUACAUCACCAACAACAAACGGUACUACAAGUACAUAUACAUCAAUGACAACAACAACUGAUAAUAGUAUACAUCGUUUGAUUGAUAAUAAUAUACCACAUCAACAUCAACAACAACAACAGCAACAAAAAUGUGCCAUCAAUACAUUAUGUAAUAAUAGUAAUUUAAUUGGCUUCGAUAAUAAUGGUGGUAGUGUCGGUGUUUCAUCAAUGAUUCUAUCACCAUUAGAUGUGUCAAUCAAUGCUACUGCUGCCGAUUCUUAUUCAUUUCUAAAACAAUCAUUUAAUAAUCAUGGAUUAUCAUAUCAAAAGAGUGGUUCACAAUUAAAAUUAAAUAUUUUAAAUGAUUCAUUUGUGGAUCAUCAUCAUCAUCACCAUAAUCGACAUCAACAACAACAACGAAUAAAUAAUUCGGCAUUUGAUUUGCGAUGGUCAUCGGUCAUUGGACCAGUAUUAUUUUGUUUUGCCUUUAAUCAUGGUCCAUUUUUGGUAUUUAAUUUAUUGGCUAUUUUUAUACCGGGAAUAUGGACACCAUUUCAUGAUCUAAUAUUGGUUGCACUUUCAUUGUUUGAAGCAUUAUUAUUACCAUUGAUUAUAUUUAUUUCGAAUGAAACAUUUCGUGAUGCUUUUACACGAUCAUGUUGCCAUUGUGGUAGCCAUCAUUCACAUCGUUCACAUCGUCAUCAUCAUCAUCAUCAUUCAAUUCAUGAUAAAAUAUCAUCAAUUUGUUCAAGUAAUAAAUCUUCAUUGACAUUUACGGUUACAUCGACAACCACAACAACAAAUGACAAUAAUACUGUUGAACGUAAUGUAAUGCAAUCACAGAUGCUUCCACCACCAUCAUAUCCGUUGUUAACAUCAUCAUCAGCAUCAAAAACAUCAUCCAAUUCAUCAACAUCGACAUCAUCAUCAUCGACAUCAACUGAUAAUAAACAUCAAACACCCAUUAAUACAUUUUUAACAUCAUAUCAUUCAGAUUUAGAUCUUUUGAAAAAAUGUUCCAAAAUCGAUCAAUCUUCAAAUAAACUAAAUGAUUGUAGUGGUGGUAAAAUAUCGUUUCAAAAACAUUUACAACAUAAUAAUAACAACUACAACAACAAUAAUGGAGAUAUGAAUCGUAAACUACAUCAGGCAACAUCAAUGCUCGACCUUUCUUUAAGUUCACGAAAUGCAUAUCACAACUAUUAUUUACAUCAUCAUAAUCAUCCAAACAAUUCACAACAACAACAACAACGAAAUUCCCAUUACCAACAACAACAAUCGCAAAAUCAUCAUCACGCAUCACGGUCUCGUUAUUCGUUAGCAUUAACAUCUCAACAACAACAACAAUCGCAAACAAAUAACUAUGAUUCAUUGUUGCUGACGCCCAAACCAUCAUUUAAUCAUCGUCGACAACAACAACGUCCACCAUCGGUCGCUUCAUGUCAUUAUUUAUUUUCUAAUCAAUCAGCCAAUCAACAACAACAACAAUCAAAAUGUGGCCGAUAUUAUGGCCAAUUUAUGUUCGGUUCAUCAAUUUUAAUGCCAAAAUCUGAAUCAACAUUAAGUGUACCAUUGAAUGUAUCAUCAUCUGAAUCAUUUAAUCGUUUUGGCUCAUCAACACCAACAACAACUUCUGUGAUUCCAAAUAAUUAUCAACAUCAUCAUCAUAAUCAGCAAAUGAUUUCAUCAAAUAAGAAAGAAUUCGUUCCCGGUGGUAGUAAUAAACUAUUUAAUCAUGGAAAAUGUAGUCCAAUUUCAAUCAAUCUAAAUAAAUUUGAUUCAUCAACCAACGUUACUAUUAAUAAUAUGCCCAUAAGCAAUGAUGAAAUGAGUACCGAUAUCGGUUAUAAUAAUAAUGAUUUUUAUCAUGAAAAAGAUUCAAACGCAGCUGCAAUAAAAUCAGGUCGUUCGGCAACAAAAUUAUUUGAUAAUAUAAUCAAUGGAAUAACAGGACGUUCACGUUCCGUUAGAAAAAGUGAUUCCGAUGCAUCAACAUUUUAUAAUCGUCAUAAUUUGAAACGAUCACAAAUUGCACAGAAUCAAUUAUCAAAUAUUUUGUAUAAUAAUUUUUAUAAUAAAAAAUUAGCAUCAUCUGCAUUUGGCAGUGAAAUCAUAUUGUUAUCCGAUAAUGAACAACAACAACAAAAACAUCGAAAUAGUCCUCUGUUUGGACGACGUAUGGCUAAUGAUCAUAAGAAUCAAAAUCGAUUCGAUCAUAUUGAUAUUCAUCAUAAUCGUCUAAAAUCAUCUAAUAAACAACAACAACAACCACAACAAUGUGGACAAUUUCCUCGACCACAUGUAUAUCUUCCAAGUGUUUCAUCAUUGCAAGAAACGAAUACACGAUCAAAUUCUUGUCAACAAUUAUCAAUAUUAAACGGUGAUGCUGAUCAUUAUCACAAUCAUUUAUUGUUGAAACAAAAUCUAUCAUCAUUGAUUGAUGAAUCGGCACCAUUAAUAAGUUGUGAAUACGAACAACAACAACAACAGCCACAGUCAAAUGAUAAAAAACAUCACAUUAGGAAUAGUGAUGAUUUCAACAAAAACAAUUCCAUUGCAGAUGCAAGAGAUGGUAGUGGUGAGCCCAUUUAUGCUUCAUUACCCAAUGAAGAAGAACAAGUAAAACAUGAUGAUGAUAUGAAUGGUGAUGAUGAAAUCAAAGCUUCUGGAUCGUUUAGCGCUCGAUCUACAUUACCCGACAAUUGUCAGCUUAUCUCAGUAUAUGCACAUGCAAGUAACAAUGAUGAUGAGUUGGUACAUCAACGACAACGACAGAAAUCGAAUAUUUUGCACAAUGUGAAUGAAAAUUUAAAUUUAAAAUGUUUCCGAGAUAAUGAUAACAAUGAAUUUGAUAAUGAUAACGAUGUUGACAAUGGUAACAUUAGCAGUAACAGCAGUAAUAGUAGUAGCAGUACUGUCGGUGAAUCAAGUGAAGAUAUCUAUGAAGAAGUUGGCCAUCUAGCUCGGUCAAAUAUUCAUCCAAAUAAUGAUGAUUUGAAUGAUUUUGAAUUAAAUCACGAUAAUAAUAACAAGAGACAACGUUCAGCUAGCCAAGAUACUUUGAUUGAACAGAAUAAUGAUCCAUUUAAUCUGGAACAACAACAACAGCAGCAAUCAAAUUUGAAUUCAAAUCAUAACAACGACAAUGAUAAUAAUAAUGAUGAUGAUGAUGAUGAAGAUAUGAGCGAUGGUGAUGAUCAAACAUUGCCGACAGCCGAUGAUUUGGAUGAAGAUCAAAUCUCUAUUUUAAGUGGAACAUCUUCAUCAACAUUUUCAUCAUUCACCACUUGUGCCAAUCAAGAUUUUGAAUUUAUUGUAUCACAACAGUUGACCGAUAUGACAACAAAACAACAGACAAUAUCAUCAUCAAAAAGCCAAAAUCAUAAAAGCAAUGUCGAAUCGGUUAUCAAAUCAAACGUCACUAACAAUCAAAUGGCCGAUCUGCGAAAUUUGAAAUCUGAUCUGGAAAAUUUUCUUAUUGAAAAGCCAUCGUUAGAGCCAUCAACGUUAUCAAUGGCUGCGAUGUAUUAUAAUCGAUUGAUUUUGAAUUCUGAUUCCGACAAUGCCAAAUCUGGUCAUCGUCAACGUACGAAAUUGAAUCGUAGACAAUCAUUUUCAACGGCUCAUGAACUAAGACAACGCAUACUGUACAAUCAAUUGAAUAAUAAUAAUGAAAAUCAAAUGGGACUUAUUGAAGAAGAGAAUGAUGAUCAUAAUAAUCAUCAUGAUAAUGGUUCGAUCAAUGAAUAUUCAAUGUUUACGACAAAUUUUAGUGAAAUUUUUCCAUUUAAAUUGGAUCGUAGAAUAAGUAGUAGUGAAGAUAAUUUACUUUCAAUCAUUUCUACAAUUGCCAAUUGUGGAGAUGAUAAUAAUGCAGAAUUUGAAUCUCCUGAUUCUAAUUUUAUUCAAACAAAUGUACUGAAAGAAAAUUUAACAAAUGAAAAUGAUGAGAACGUUAAAAUAAUCGAUCAUUCAAAUGGAACAUUUAUAAUGAAAAGAGAUUUAAAUCUUAAGAAUAAAUCAGCCAUACCUAGAGCAACUGCUCAUUCAAAUGCAUCAAAUGAAACAUUGAAAAUAACGAUAAAAGAAUUGAAAUCAAAAAAGCAGGCUCAAAAACGAACAUCAAAAAGUAAUUUAAAUUCAAAUCAAAAAUCCAAAUCAUCAUUAUUGGCCAGUAAUAAUGGUAAUCGUGUCUAUGAGCUCGGUUCAUUAUGGGAACGACAAUCAUCAUCAAAAUUCAAUAAAGAAUCGACAAAUAGUUCGAUAUUGAAAUCUUCAUCCAAUAUUCCAUCAUCAUCAUCAUCAUCUUCGGUGACCAAACAGAAUUUUAGUCAAAAUAAAUUCAAAUCAACAAAAACAUCGACAACGACAUCUCCAUCACCAUCUUCAUCACCAUCAUCGUCAUCAUCAUCUAGUCGUGUCUCAACAUUUAUAACGGUAUCACCACUUCGAACACCAAAACAUCAGACGAAUUUCACCUCGAAAUUGCUACCACCUUCGGAUUAUGUAGUCAAACAACCAAAACAGGAUGCACGACAAAAUGCCAUAUUGGCUAAAAAUGCAUUGCUAAUGAGUGGAAUUAAAACGCCCAUCAUCAAAUUGCCAUUACAAUCACAACCACCGAUGGAUUUACAUCCAUAAGCAUCAUUGAAAAGCCAAAAAUGAAAUAAUUUCAUUGUAAAAUUUUUUUUUCAUUAUUUGUGUCAAUUUAUAAAUAUAUUCAUGUGUAUCAUGCAUGUCAUGUUUUUUUUUGCUAAAAAUCUAUUCUCAUUUUCUAAAUACAA